CCCAGCGGGGCUCAGUCUCCCGUGUAGCGGCGGGGCCGAGCCGCCUUCGGUGAGGCUCGUCCGGCGCGGCUCGCUGGCUCCUUCCCCGCCUCUCCUCAGGGCUCCCCGCUCCUCCCCGCGCAGGAGGCGGGAGCCCGCCGCGCAGGGGGAAGGCAGCGGGGCAGAGCGGCGGCGCUGCCCGGACGAGCACCAUGCUGGAGUCCAUCCGUGUCACCGAAAAACUUCACUGGCGUAAAACAGAGCUUUCUAAGAAAUCGCUCCUGAGACCAGAAGAAUAUCAGCUGAACGUUAAUAGUGAAAGCAGCCUCCAGCACCCACCUUCAGGGAUCCUCAAGGACAUUUUCACAACUGGAACGAGUAGCUACAAUGUCCUUCUGCAGAGCAAAGAGGAGAAAAAGCACCACGCUCAGAAGCAGUCAUCUGUUCACCACAAGAAACACAGGAAGACUACAAAGUGUUCCCCCACCUCCCGAAGCAACGAGCACCACAAAAUCAAGGUCCCGCUACCCUUGCUCAGCCCCGGCUGGUACUGCACAAACAGACAGCCCUCCCUCAUCGUCACCAGCCCAGUGUCUACCAGCGUGAAGUUCACCAGCAGCGUUUCAGUUGCAGGGAGCAGCAUAGGGCUGCCAUCUCGACCCAAAAGUAGAACUAAGAGGCAUUUGAACCUAACAAAGCCAAAGCAAUCCCAGUCCUCAAAAAGCCAUGCUAAAGAAGGUGAUGGCUCUGGCCGAAAGCUCUGUUUACUGACUGCAAUCAAGCCUUCCAACGUGGAGAAAGAGAAGAUUAAAUUCUUCAACUCAGAUUUUACAUACAAUCCUCAAUUUGAAUAUGAAAACCCUGCUCUGCCAAACAUGCUAGCUAAGCACAGCCAUGCGUCCGACAGAUUCCUUAAGCAGUCCAUUAACAUUAUGGAGCGGACACUGCAGAAGUAUGGCAGCUAUGAGAAGUUUGAGCAGGCCACUGGAGGCAGCUUGCUGACCAAAAGUCGCAUCUGGAAUCACGUCAGGAAAUACAUGGUGAAAGAAGGCUGUCUUGGUGAGAUUGUGGUCCAUCUCACGGAGGACCUGCUGUCUCGAGCCUCAAUGACAGUGGUGAAUGGCCGCCCCACUCUCACUAUCAAUAUCUCCACUGCGCGGGAGCACUGGCUGGAAGGGAUGCUGAGACAUGAAAUUGGAACUCAUUACUUUCGGGGUUUUAACAACAACAGCCAGCCUUGGUGCAACUGGAACGGACGUAGAAAACACGGGCUAAAACCAAUCAACCCUACAGAAGAGGGGCUAGCAAGCAUCCACAGCGUCCUGUUCCGCAAAGACCCCCUCCUUUGGAGAGCUGCCCUGCUGUACUACACCGUGUACCAGGCUAGCCAGAUGUCCUUCAGUCAGCUUUUCCAGGACUUGGGGAAAUUUGUCAAGGACCCCAAUACUAGGUGGGAUUACUGCGUACGAGCCAAGAGAGGGUGGACAGACACAUCACAACCAGGCUGUUUCAAUAAGGAUCAGGUAUACUUGGAUGGCAUCCUCCGAAUCCUGCGAUAUAGGGAGUCCAUUGAUUUCUACCUUCUGACAGCCCUUGGAAAGAUCUCAUAUGAAGAUGUGGACCGCCUGAAAGGAUUAGCCGUGAUUGAGAACAUGAGGGUACCACACUUUCUGCAAGACCAUGCCCGGUACAUGGAGCACUUGGAAAAGAUCAUGCAAGUCAAUAAGCUGACUGAUGAGGAGCUCCAGGAUCUCAUAAACUAACAGCAUUAGCCCACCGUUCACAUACUCUGUGAGGAUGCAGAACUGGACUUCCAAGAGCUUGUAAAAGCGGAGUUACGAGAGGUGGCAUGGGAAGGGUAGCCAGAAUAUGUGGAAUUGGGGAAAAGCCCAUUAAUGUUCCUCUUGCAUUGUGAUUGUAUCCUGAUCAUUUUUUAAGGCUUUUGUGCAUUUUUUUA